AUGCAAAUUCAUGCUAAGAUAGUUCAGUAUGGUCAUACAAAUAAUAUAAUAUUAAGAAGUCCACUUGUUGAUUUUUAUGCUAAAUGUUAUGCUAUUGAGGAUGCUAGGAGGAUAUUUGAUGUGCUGAAACAUCAUGAUGAAAUGUCGUGGAUGUCGAUUAUACACGGGUAUUCACAAUAUGGUUGUGGAGUUGAAGCGAAUAAGUUGUUCAAGAAGAUGUUAGAAAGUGAUAUAAAGCCUAAUUGCUUCACUUACCAAAAACCUGGGAUAAUGUUUGUCUACAACUCAAUGAUUGCUUGUUACUGUCAGAACUUCUAUGUUGAAAAUGCAAUAAGGUUAUAUUUACAAAUGAGAAAUUGGGUUAUAAAUGCUACUGAUACCACCAUGACCAGUAUUCUGCACGCGGCUAGAAUGGUAUCAAAUGUUCAAUUUGGUAGGCAGGUGCAUGGAUUGAUAAUAAAACUAGGUUUCUUGACUAAUUUGUUUGUUUUGAGCUCUCUGAUUGAGGUGUACUCCAAAAAUGGAUUCAUUAAUGAAGCUCGAUAUGUUUUUGACCAAACCAUUGAGCGGAACAAUGUUCUUUGGACAUCAAUGGUUUCAGGGUAUGCUCGGAAUGGGAAAGCAGUGGAGGCGCUUGAACUUUUUGAUCAAAUGAUGGCAGCUGGAUUUGUGCCUGAUCAUGUUUGUUUUACUGCAGUGCUUAGUGCUUGUAACCAUGCUAGUUUUCUCGAUAGAGGUGUAGAACACUUCAAUAAGAUGAUAAAGUAUUAUGAUCUGUCUCCUACAUUAGAUGAAUAUGCUUGUUUGAUUGAUUUGUAUGCAAGACAAGGAAAUCUAAGUAAGACAGUUUAA